CUAUCUAAUUAAACCCCUACCACGUAAUCCCAGCUACACCAUCCCCCCGUUUAAAUCCACUCCGCCGGCGCAUACCACUUAAACACAUUGCCCUCCCCUGCCGUCCUGUCCAGCCCAGGCUCCUGGAGGAGAGAAAGCUGCCACCACAGCAGCAGCACCAUCACUGAUGCCUGUCGCCUGCACGGUAUCAUGGUUUGAAGGGUUCGGCUGCUGUAGCCAGGGGCCACUAAGUCAGUCACUCAGCCUGCGCGUGUGUGGAUGUGUGUGAGCGUGCACUGACAAGCAGCAGUAAGAGCACGCGACCGGUCCAGCGACGCUGUUCAGCCAGGAGCUCCGGAGAAAGUCGCACAAGAGCGAGCCGAGACGAGCAUCUCUCUCUGUCCUGCAGCAGGGAUACCCUCCUCACCGGCACCGACACUGCCUCGCCUAUUCGGGUGUGAAAAGCAGCCUGGCUAGUGCUGUAGUCGCUGUUGUUGUCAAGGAAACCCAAAGUCCCAUCCCGUUGCCAUGGGGAAACAGAACAGCAAACUGCGGCCAGAGGUGUUGCAGGAUCUCCGUGAGAAUACCGAGUUCUCCGACCACGAGUUGCAGGAGUGGUACAAGGGUUUCUUGAAGGACUGCCCCAGUGGAACCUUGAAUGUGGAGGAAUUCAAGAAGAUCUACGCCAAUUUCUUCCCGUACGGCGAUGCCUCCAAGUUUGCCGAGCAUGUCUUCCGAACUUUUGACACCAACGCUGACGGGACAAUAGACUUCCGGGAGUUCAUCAUUGCCUUGAGUGUGACGUCACGAGGAAAGCUGGAGCAGAAGCUUAAAUGGGCCUUCAGUAUGUACGACCUGGAUGGAAAUGGGUAUAUCAGCCGCGAGGAAAUGCUGGAGAUUGUAGAGGCCAUCUACAAGAUGGUGUCAUCUGUGAUGAAGAUGCCAGAGGAUGAAUCCACGCCGGAGAAGAGGACGGAUAAGAUCUUCAGACAAAUGGACCUCAAUAAUGAUGGCAAGCUAUCCCUGGAGGAGUUUAUCAAAGGUGCCAAAAGUGACCCCUCCAUCGUUAGGCUACUCCAGUGUGACCCCAGCUCGGCCUCCCAGUUCUAAAACUGCCCCUACUGCAACCUUCUUUUUUUUUAUCCACAACUUUGCUCUGUUGCUCUAUUGAAACAGUCAAUCAAGUCAAUGCAUGAUGGUUCUCGUCUCUGAUAUCUUUCUGUUGUUGUUGUUACUGUGUGCAAGGAUGAUAGAGGAGGAUAAGGAAAGUUGUCACUGUCAUUUUACGUUUAUGUUUGGGAGAAUGAAGGGACUAGGUAUGACUGACAGAGACGCCUGCUAAUGUUCCAUAAUAUCUGUCUCUCUCUCUCUGGAGUGUUGGAUUUCCAAGGAGCUUGUGACGGCGUGUGGAUGUUUGUUUGUUUUUUUCUUUUUUCCGCAGGGAGAGGAAUCAGUUCCUACUCCUACACAUAUGCACAUGUAGAUGUACAUCAUGUAUAUACUGUACGCCUGUAUAUCAUAAGAUAAAGUGCAUCUGUCUUCAUAUAGGGGCGCACACUCUUUGCCAUUGAAAGGCAGUAUUAUGUAGCGUAGCUUCCUGGUGGUCCAUCUGAAUGGGCAGUUUAAGGGGGGUGGGAUGGGGGCGGGGCUUGUACAUCAGAUUUCUUUGAUUUUUUUUUUUUUUUUAAUUUAAAAUGCUUUUUAUUUUCCUUUUGUACAUACUGUUUUCCUCCUUCAUGGUUUAUUUAUUCAGUUUUUAUUCUCAUUAUUGCGCUUUUACUUUGAUAAUAUCGAGAUGAUCAAAUUCCAGUUUACAGUGACGGAGAGAGAGAGAGAGACAAGACUAGUCAAGAUUGACCUCUUUGUGGACUCGAGCGGAGGAAUUCCUGUAAAAUAACAGGAUCCCAUUUGUUGCAUUUGAUCAAUGACACCAGUAGCACAUAUCAGUCGAGCCGCCAUUUGUUUAUAUAAAGUAUGGCUGUGCAUUUGGGUCUGAAUGCGUGUGCGUGCAUGUGGACACACACACUGUAUGCUUGAGGCUAACUUUUACAGUAUUAUCUUGUUGUGUUGUUUCUUAAUUUGUAAGUAUUUUAAAGUUCUUUAACGAUGAGCAGUAAACUUAAGAUAGCUGUAACCGUUCGCUAUACUACUGCAUGAUCCUUCGAACCCGGCGACGACAGAAUCCACAGACACAGUUUACGCACAGCGGUAACUUUUUGUAGCUCUUCAGCCUCCUCAGCAUGGACCCCAGGCAGAAAUGAUUCGAUAUUUGUCUUGCUCUGGGAUAGCACAGGCCUCCUACCCCCGCGCUCUCUUUUCCUCUGACAGACCGAGAACUCACUAAGGGCUUGUUCAUCACUCUCUAGCUUAAUGAUUUUUUUAUUAUUAUUAUUUUUUAACCUCCUGGAUUAGUCUGCUUGCAGAGCAGUUAGAUGAAGGGACGUGUUUCACAAGAUUGCAGCGAGUCCGGAAAUGUGUUCUAAUUUGGAUCUGUUUGAUCUUAUUUAUAGAGCAGAAAGAAUGUUGAAUAUAUUUUAAAAAAAUUAAAAUUAUAAACUUGUCUCCUGUAUCAGUGACAAAUAAGUAUUGUGCGUUGUUGAGGUUUUAAAAAGACCAGAUGCAGUUGUGAAGAAGACCUGAACCUGAAAUAAACGUAGUCACUGGUUGCAGCACGGCCAGCACCAUUCUCCUUUAUCACGCCUUAAAUGCCCCGAUAGUCAGAUCACUAUUGCCCUCUUGUGUUUUCAAGGUAAAACACACACACUCAAAUUGAAGCAAUGGGACAAAGCUAACAGAAAAUGUGGAUAUGGCGCAUAAGGAAGUUGGACUCAAGGAUAUCAGUUUGUCAUGAUGGAUUUUGUCAUCAUGGGUGUCGUGAUGAGCAAAACACAAAAUCACGUCAACGGUAUUUCAAUAGUUAUAGAAAAUAAUGCUCUCGGUCAAAUUUUUUGUCUUCUUUAAUGAACACAGCAGGGAGGAGGUAGGAAUGUAGUCAUGAAUUCAUAAAUACUCAAACAACAUUGAUAUUUUAUUUUUAAAUAUCAGGAUUAUUGUUAAUUCAAAGUUAGCAUGGCACCUCUGGCCUGUAAUAUUAGUUUCAAUGGUGUGUUCUGCAGACAGAACGCCAACACGUUGUUGUCUCCUUUCAAUUUUAUCUUGACAUCAUUAGCCAGAAUUUAGCUAACUUACUGAAUACUACUGUAGCAGUGGGGGCUGAGAGUCGUCCUGGUGCUGCUGCAUCUAUGUGACAUUUAACUAGUACCAAACACUCGCACAGGAGCUUCCUAACCAGCCGCACCUCUGCUUUGGGGAUCCUUUAGUAUCACUGCCUUCUGCUGGUAGGAUAAAGAACAACAGUUGCUACUCUCUGAUCUAUUACAGUGUAAUCCUUUUCUAUUCUCACUGCCUCUGAUAAACUGGUACUUUGUGUUGGAUAAAUACGAACCUCCUUUCUUCCUUCCUACUUUUCUGUUGCAUGAAAACCUCAUCUGAGGAUGUCAUGUUUAUUCUGUUGAACCUGAAAUCGAAAUAUAUGUGUUUCUAAG